GUUCGGUAAUGAUAUUCAUUAUGCUAAACAAGUCAACAGACAGAGCUAGAGAGUGAGCUUGCUGCACUUUCUCUCAAAGAUCCAGGAAGCAAGCAAGCAAGAGCUUUACUUGAGAGCAGGGAGAGAUAGUUAGCAGCUUAUCUGUGUCUGGUCACUUGGGCAGCUGAAAUGGCAGAAGGAGGUGGUAAUCAGCUUGUCUCGUCAGACGGAGAUGCCAAACAGAAGACACCAACCCCACUGCAGUUCCUGGAAACACCUGAGGGCCGACGACUGGCCUAUCAUCAACUGUCUGGGUCUUCUCCUGGUGUGGUCUUCAUCCAUGGCCUUAAGUCUAACAUGAAUGGACAGAAGGCACUCGCAAUAGAAGAUUUCUGCCGUAGAAGAGGCACAGCAUUUGUGAGAUUUGAGCUCUCAGGUCACGGAGACUCAUCACAAAACUUUAAAGACUGUAAUGUCACUAUGUGGCUAGAAGAUCUGAAUGCUGUCCUGUCUUCCCUCACCAAAGAACAACAGAUUCUUGUCGGCUCUAGUAUUGGAGGGUGGCUCAUGUUCUUGUACACAAUGAGAAAUCCUGAUAUAAUCUACGGGUUGCUAGGCAUCUCCACGGCACCAGACUUCACUCAGCAGUUGUGGAAGGGAUUGGACAAGGAAACAAAGAAGGAGGUGAGGAGGACGGGUGUGUAUCAUAUGAAGAGUGCAUACAGCAAUGAGCCUUAUGAAAUAUCACUGGACCUGAUUCAAGAUGGGGCCAAGUACACAAUUCUGGACAUGCCAGGUAUUGAGUAUGUCAAGUGUCCAGUUAUGUUGUUUCAUGGGGAGAGGGACUCAACGAUACCUGUAGGCACAGCCAUGAAUCUGGUGCAGAGACUACAGUGCCCAGUGGGGCUAAAGACAAUAGACGACGGAGAGCAUCGUCUCUCACGCCCUCAGGACAUCCAGCUGAUACUAGAGGCACUGAACGAUCUCCUCUGUCCCUCUUCAGACAAGAACGAUCUCGAGGCCAGCGGUGCCGACUCUUCAGGACUGGAUGACUAGAUUUUUAUCGACAUUAACACUUAAUUUUUCCAGUGCAUUUUUACUCUUAGUGAUCGAUCUGUCUACAUGUGUCCUGUCUGUACAUGUGCCUCUUGGUGUUGUGUUUUUUUUCUUGUACAUGUACAUGUAUAGACAUGCUUUUAUUAAUUAUGAGUGGUGUUUUGUUGACUGUUC